CUAUAUAUACAUUAAUUAAUUAGCCCAUACAUAUUCACAAUAUAACUUUAUCAAAAAGUUGUAGAUAAUUAAAAACCAAUAUUGCUAUAGCGCCAAAUUUUUAAUAUAACACGGUUGCAAUUAGUAUGGGUCACAUGUUUGGGUUUCUAAUGAUUUUCUUCCUUGUAGCUCCUUCUGUAUUAGCCAUAGCUGCUAAACAUGACCAAUUGGCAGAGUCUGGUUGCCAACCGGUGUUCGACGAUUUCCCUUAUUGUAUGGAGUUCCUGGUGGGAGUGAAACCGGAACCUCCACCGGAGUGCUGUAUACACGUGUGGAAAUUGAACCGAUUAGCGAAACACGGUAUGGGUCCGGGGAGGAUCUGCUGGUGCAUAGAAUGUAUGGUGAGGGAUGUUAAGCCUGAGUUGAUGGCUUCCCGCAUCGAUGCUCUUCCUAUCUUUUGCCGUACCCAUCUUAGCUUUCCCAUUUCGGUUCACAUGGAUUGCUCCAACCUGCAUGGUUUUGAUUAAGAAUCAACUAAUUAUUAGCUACACGGUCCAUGGAGUACUCAAUGAGAGUUGGGAUAUUGCUAGCUACUAUAUUAAUUUUAUGAAGUUGGGAAUAUCAUAUUAUAGUUUUUCACUAAAAUAAAAUAUUAGAAAGUAAUACAGGUUCUCUUUUCCUCAGCGAGGAACCAUAGAUUGUAACAAUUAUCAAGUCGUAUGAAAUCCAUUUAUUUCAUAUUAUAGAUCUUUUGUAGAUCAACUAAUUAAGUCAUAAAGUGAAUGUUUUCUUAAAUAAUGAUCUGCGUUUAGUAAGCAAAACAA